AUGGGUUGGACAGGAUACCCCUACUGUCGUCUACAGACAGUGACUGUGACCAACCGAGUGGUUACCCUGAAUCUCCUCGAGGACGACGGCUCGGUGAAGGCUCGACCCUUUCAGCUGACUUGCAUUCGGGCCGCCAAUUCCCUCUACCGGUCCAUUACGGAGGUGCACUCCAAGGACUACGCCUUCGAUGUCCGUCUCACAUGUCGAGAGGUCUACGACCGAGCG